AUGGAAUACUACAAUCAAAAUCCUCCUAUGGGUGUUGCUCCUCCUCCUCCUCCCCCUCUCCCUCCUCUAGGAUAUCCUCAACCGGGUUAUCAAGGGGCUCCUCCACCCCAGCCUCAAGUUGUUGUGAAUCAAGCUCCACCUAUGUAUGCACAAGAACAAGGCUCAGGGGCCACCACGGGUCUAUUUGCUGGAUGCCUUGCCGCGUUGGGCUGCUGCUGCUGCCUAGAGGCUUGUGAUGAAAUAUGCUGUUGGCAUUGA